GGCGGAGAAGCCAUGUUGAUAUUUUCUUUCUUUUUUCGUCAUGUACCGACUCACAUGUAUUUGAGAACGAGAAGCGAACACGAAGGAAACCACGAGAAAUAUGGUGGUUGGAAGAGGAUUUUAGAUGGUGUUCUUUUGUUCUUGCAGUAUUGUGGUGGAUUUUUAACAAAUGUUUAAGUGUGCUCUUUGAAAUCUUUGUUAAAACACAGGAUAAGACCUUGGAAAAUGUCUUCAAUGCAUUUUGUGGUUCAUCCUUUGCCUGGCACAGAGGAUCAAUUGAUAGACAGGCUUAAGGAAGUUGCUGAUCGGUGGAAUAGAUAUGGCACUGGCGCUGGAUCUUCGGCCCUCAGUUCGCUGCGCGGAGUCCGCGCUGUGGCCGCGGGUCCAGCUCACAUUGCUUGUCUACUCGAAGAUGGCACCAUAUGCCGAGCUGCGUUCUCCAUCAUUCCGGAUAGAUUGGACUUGAGUAAAACGGAUGCUAGUAAGAAUGGUGGCAAUGGAGGAGGAGGGAGCGGCGGCGGUGGUACGAGCGGUGGCAAGCAAGGCGGCAGUGGUGGUGGGUGUGGCUCCCGGCAACAACCGCGCACCAGAGCUCGCAUUAUGAGGAACUCCAUUCGUGCUACACCUAGCUCACAAGGUUCAACAAGCCGUGCGACGGGUGUGAUUAUCGGAGCUUCGGGAUCAGGGCGAGUAGUGUCAGUUCCGGCUCCGUUUGUACCAGAAGAUCUGGUCACACAGGCCCAAGUGGUACUCCAGGGCAAGAGCCGAAGUCUCAUUAUUAGGGAGUUACAGAGAACAAACUUGGAUGUAAAUUUGGCCGUGAACAACCUGCUGUCGCGUGACGACGAGGAAGGCGAGGAGCCGGAGGGCGGAGAGGGGGGAGACGGCUACGUUCCCGAGGACCUCAUCUCACUGUUGGACGGCGGGUUCCACGCCGCGCAGCAGGACCACUCUGUCAUCAUCGACGCGGAUACCAUGUUUUCUGAGGACAUCUUCGGGUACGCGGCUAUCAGAAGUCGCAGUGGGGGUGGAGGCGGCAGCAGUGGAGCCCGCGGAGGCGCCAGUCGCGAGAGCAGCAGCUCCACGCAGGAGCGACCGUCUGAGUUCAGUAGGUGGCGCGAGCGGCAGUAUUUUGGGCCACGCAGGUGGCUCGAAUCGGCAUUGCGAGAUACCUCUUGGGAUAAAGAUGGUGGUAAUAAUGACGGAGCUGAGAGUAAGAAAAAGGAUUCAUCGAUAGCGGCAUCACCUCUUUGGGUGUCUGAAGAGUUGGAGUACUGGGACAGUAACAUUCGUUUUACUCAUAUCGCGGCCACGUACAGCGAGCUCAUCGCGAUCUCCACUCAAGGCCAACUGCACCAGUGGCGUUGGGCUGAUGCACAUCCUUAUCAGCGAAAUGACGCAUCUGGAUCGGUGACUGCGUAUCACCCACGUUCGACCUGGCUGGGCAUGACCCCCGGUGAGCGCGUGAUCAAUAUUAGCGCCGCCGGGAUACGUAUCUCAGUCCUUACUGACACUGGCAGAAUUGCCACUUUCCUGGACGAAUCUAUAGCUCACGCCCCUGGCGCGUCUCGGCUAGAGCACCCUCUACAGACUUUCUUGGAGUUUGGUGCCGACAAAGCCAUUUCUCUUCACGUGUGCUCACUGUAUACUGUUGCACGAUUGGAGAGUGGAGUGCUGUACUGGUGGGGAGUCCUUCCUCUUGGCCAGCGAGCUCGUCUUUGGGAGAAGCACCGCGCUCGCUCUCGCAAGCAACAACGUGGACAUUCGUCAACGGCGCCACAGGACUUGCAAGCCGGACAGAGUGUUACCAUGAAGAAUGCACCCAUGUACCAACCUGGUGCCGUCGGAUUCAACAUGUCCACGGGAGUGCCGAAAGUAGGAGUUCUGCAGAAUGCCGCAUGGAAUCUCUCUGAUAUGUGUCGCUUUAAAUUGUUGCCUCCUCCGCAACCUGACCGCUCUGUCUCCGAUAAGGACAAACGAGACUUACAGAACCAGUCUCCACUAACCGUAUCAUCUGUGAAAGCAUCGUCGUCAAGUAGCAAUAGCAAGGAUGGCGCUAAAGACAGCAACAAAGAUAUGGCGGACCGGCUCGACAUGCCGCCACCGCCCAGCCCCGCUUCAUCUACUUGCAGUGACACAAGCACUUCACAUAAACGUGCUAAACGAGUAACCGUGCGUGGCGAGGAAGGCUCUUCGAAUGACGGAUCUAAGCGUGACGAAGAGGAGUGGCCUUUAAAAGAAGUUGUAUUUCUCGAGGACGUGAAGAGUGUUCCCUUAGGCCGAGUGCUCAAAGUGGAUGGAGCUUACGCUGCUGUGCGGUUUCCGACUAUCGGCAAGGACGGCAAAGAAGUGGUGCCUUCAACUCCCGAUGACUUAUCGACGCUGUUGCAAGACUGCCGGCUCGUGCGGAAAGAUGACUUGGUGGCCGUCAAGUGGGGUGUAGGAGGAACUGCCGGCCCGCGCGGACCAGACUGCCUGCAACGAUCGCCCAGAAAGAUCGCAAUCCCAUCUGAUGUACAAGUUAUUACUAUUGCGGUGGACAGCCGUGGUGUUCACGCUGUGGUCCGUAGACCGGGAGGCGCUUUAGCGUAUGCGGUAUACGCAGUAGGCACUACUAGGGCCCUUACUGACAGCGCGUUUCCUACUGAUAAUAAUGCUCUACUGGGAUACUCCAAUGGCCAGGCGAUACAGUUGGCUACAGCUGCUGAAGGCAGCGAACCGGUGGUGAUCAUGGUGGACGGCAACGGCGCGCUGUACCCGGUGUCGCGCGACUGCGUGGGCAUGGUCCGCGAGCCGCCCGCGCUCAACCUGCCGCCGGCGCGCGCGCUCACGGCGCACGCGCUGCCGCUCAACCCGCACGCCGCCGCCGCCGCCGCCGCGCACCCGCACCACACCGCGCUCAAGUCGCAGGUCGCGCUUAUCAUCCUAGUGCCGGAGCCGCAGCUUAUGAUGCCGCGUGUGCUACGUUGCGAUCUUGAUGGCGUGCGUCAAUUACUCCAUCAACUUGAGUCGGAUACUAGCAAACAACAAAUCUUGUCGAUUCUCCAAGAGCGUUGCGAUGGCAACAGAAAUAUAUUACAUGCUUGCGUGCACAUGUGUGCGCCUACAUCUAACAAAGAACCUGAUAUAGUGGAAAACGCUUCGAUGCCCAAUUUAGCGGGCGGCACAGGUAGCAGCGGCGCCAGCACUGAGGAGGCCGUGCCAGCCAUCUCAUGGCCGCCAGAGACCUUUGAGGCUUCCGGGGACGAAGACAGCUUGAUGGGACUUACUAAUAAUGGUAAAAUGUCGGGCGGCGGUAACAGUGGUAGCGGCGCGGUGAGCGCGGACCCGGCUGAACGUCGCGGCAACGCCCUGGCCGCCCUGCGCGCGCUCUGCGACAGCGCCGUGCUGCAGCCCUACCUCAUGCAGCUGCUCACUGCUAAGGAUGGAAUGGGUCAGACUCCUUUGAUGGCAGCGGUGGCCGAGCGUGCAUACCGCGCCGCACUUGUUUUGCUAGACGCGAUUCGUGCGUGCCCCGACACAGACGAGGUCCAGCGAUCGGCCGCCAUCUUCCCGCCGAACGCCAGCCCCGACCACUCGCCACUUCUCGUACUCUGCUGUAACGAUACUUGCAGCUUCACUUGGACUGGACAGGAACACAUCAAUCAGGAUAUCUUUGAGUGCAAGACAUGUGGUCUAACAGGAUCUCUUUGCUGCUGCACGGAAUGCGCCAAGGUGUGCCACAAGGGACAUGAUUGCAAGUUGAAGCGUACGUCGCCGACAGCGUACUGUGAUUGUUGGGAGAAAUGUCGCUGCAAGGCUUUGGUCGGUGGAAACUGGACUGCCCGCUGCGACUUGCUAGCACGACUUGCGCGAGACACGUCGCUAGCCACACACUUUAACUCAAGGGGCGAGUCCAUUCUCCUGUUCCUAGUCCAGACGGUGGGUCGCCAGGCCGUAGAACAACGCCAGUUCCGAGCUGGUGGUGGACGAGGUCGCGGACCGCGCAAGCAACCCGGUUCCGACGCCGAAGUAGAUGCACCCGACCAUGAUCUGGAACCGCCUAAGUUCGCCAGGCGAGCUUUAUUGCAUUUAUUGGGUGAUUGGCCAGCCGUGGAAGCGGCAGUAAUGUGCGGCGCCAGUGGAGCCACGGCCGAGAAUGAAAGCCGGCCGAGCAGCCCCGCGCCCUCGCAGUCUGGCACUACGCUGUUGGACAAGUUCACGCAUGCGCUCAUCGUUAAAUGUACCAAUGAGAUGCUAGACACUCUUCUGCAUACGUUGAUUCGUGAACAACAAAAUGAUACAAUUCCGGGCCGAGCUGAGCGCGCGCGUGAAGUAGCACGGCGAUUUGUACGUUCCGUAGCCAGGAUAUUCGUCAUAUUCAGUGUCGAGAUGGCCCCUGGUGCGGCUAAGAAAAAAGGAUCACUAUCAAUUACGUCCUCUCUUGUUCGUUGUCGCCGCGUCUUCGCAGCGUUAGUUGCUCUCGCUGUGGAGGAACUAGUAGAGGCAGCUGACGCUUUGCUAGCCCCUGUACGACUGGGCGUCGUAAGGCCUACGGCGCCGUUCCCACUGGCGACCACCUAUGUAGACCUAGUCAACGGUAGCGAAGAUUUGUUUGGAGUAGAACCACUUUCAACUGGACAUUCGCGUCUUUCUCAUGCGCGCAGAGAGUCUGCAGCGGGCGGCGCUCGCGGUGCUGCGGCGGGUGGCACGUCUAUGGGGAGCUCGACUCUGGUGCCGGACCGCUCGUCCACGCCGGUGGCCACCGAGUAUGCGGACGACGUCGCGGGCGAAGCUCUCGGCGCUGACGACGACGCCUCCGAGACCGACGAGCCCAGCCAGCCCGCGCCCGCUCCGGCUGCCGACGCGCAGCAUCACGACGACCCCAUGGGCGACAGGGGACAGGAACAGCAUGUAGUGGUAGAGAACGGUACUGAACGUGCAGAAGGUGGUGAGAGCGAGAGCGAACUGGACCUGCUUGCCGAGGUGGAGACUGAGAGCGACUCGGACGACCAAGACAACGCAGAGUCAGCGCAGCGCAGUGUACAGACUGGCGCCACUCAAGGCUCCGAUGCUGGCAUAGCAUCUUUACUUCUAUACCCCGAAGAAGAGAGCGGUGACUCAACGCAACCUGAGGACGAAGAUUCGGAGGCCGGCGAAACGGACGAGCAGGACGGUGAGGCCGAGCCCCCGCUACACGAUGGAGACACCUCCGAGAGGCGAGCCGCGCCCCCCGCCCGGCCCAACCUGGCGCCGCACUCCAUGCAGUGGGCCAUACGGUCCCGCGAGGCUCACCGCGGUACGAGCGGCAGCGCGGGCGGCGUGCGCCUGACCGGCAGCUCGUCGCUGGUGUUCAUCGACCACGCCUCGCUGCGCCGCUCCACCGCCGCCGCCGCCGGCGCGCACGACCCGCACUCCACCUCCACUACGGCCUCCUGCCUCGCCAGAGCCUUCGGCAUAGUAAUACGACAGAUAGCAGAUUUACUGUGGGAGUACGAGCGUGUAACCUUACCGUUACCGCGUAUGGUACCGCUGGCUUACCGUGAGGCGCUGCGUCUACAGUGCUACCUCGAGCGACAACUGAAGCCGACAUGGGACUGGCUUGUCACCGUCAUGGACGCAACUGAGGCUCAAUUGAGAUUUGGUGCGUCAUUAACAUCGAACAAUGCGGGAACAUCAACUGGAGAAGGAGGGCGGGCCGCAGCUCCAGCAGCGCGACGCACUACAUCUCUUCCGUCGCCCGCAACUCGCAUUAUGGGAUUCUCUGAAGGCCCCAGGGCAAGAGAUCGAGAGCAAGGCGUAGAGGCGGGCAGCGCGCGGCGCGAGUUCCUGGCGUACUGCCUGUCGCUGCUGCGCGCGCACAGCGCCGAGCACGCGGAGCAGCUGCCCGUGCUGGACGUGGCGGCGCUCAAGCACGUGGCCUACGUGCUGGACGCGCUCGUGUACUACAUGCGCGCCGCGCAGCCGCAGCCGCACCAUCACCAGCAUCUCUGGACGCCGGAUGAGAACGAAAACGAAGAGGGUGACGAGGAGAUGGUUGUCGGCGGUGGAGCGGCGGCGGAGUCUGACAGCGAAGGCGAAGGCGCGCGCGGCCGCGCUCACGCUUUCUUCCAGCGCUCCGACUCCACACUGUGUCUGGGUUGCCCGCCGCCAGACCCUUUCAACAUGACUUUGCAAGACGCAUUGCCCCUCGCGGACCAGCCGCAACUUCUUCAGCCCAACGCUCGUCGUGAAGAGUUAUUUGGCAUGCCUCGACAACCCGUGACCGUGCCCGCAUCCGGUGACGCGCCGCCCGGUGUGAACAACCCGCUAGAAGGUAACAUUGCACUAGUCCCGCGGCGGCUGGGGCUGUCGAGCCGCGGCCCGGCUCGCGGCUGGUCGCCGCCCGCGCGGCCCGCCUCCGCGCCGCCCACACACCCGCACACGCUCACCCGGGACGAGCCGCAGGACUUAUCUUGCACAAAGGAUGCAGCUACCAAAAUGGACAUUGACACUGAUGGUGAAUAUUUAUCGGAUUCUGACUCUAACGAAGCUCGUCAAAUACCGAGGAAAAAGCAUCACAGACAUCCGCAUUCAGUAAACCUAUCGGCGGGUAACAGUUCUAUGCACGACUCUAUCGCACAACCUUCAGAAUUCCACACGCUCGUGGAUACGGCAUGUUCCAUCAUUGAAGCUCCACAUCAACAGAAUAUUUCGGCUUCACCUUCACCAGGACCCAGUGGCUCGAAUACAGUGGCCGCAGAACCCCGUGCGUCGUCGUCCCGAAGCCCCGGCAAGACUGUUAUUGUACGUGCUGGCGAGCUCCUGAGUGCCGCAGAUCCUCUAGAGUCGCAGGAGAUAUCCGCGCAUGUGACUGUGGAGACUACCGGCUUGCCGCCGCCACAUCUGUUGCCGCCGUCUCUCAAUGCACCAGCUCAGCCCCGCGCAUGUCCGAGCCUAGGUGCCUCAGUAUCCCACGAUCUCUUGCUGGGCAGAUGGCGGUUGUCUUUGGACUUAUUUGGCCGCGUUUUCACCGAAGAUGUGGGCUUAGAGCCUGGAUCUGUGGUCGCCGAACUGGGCGGAUUUCCUCUCAAAGAGGUCAAAUUCCGCAGAGAUAUGGAGAAAUUAAGGAAUUCUCAGCAAAGAGACUUGACAUUACAUAAGAUGGAACGCGAUCGAGCCAAACUGUUACAGCAAACAUUUGCCGAGUUAAACAGUGCUUUCGCUGGGCAAAACCGUCGAGCCCACAGUGCUCAGCCACCGCUCGCUGUCAACCGCGUCAAAGUCACGUUCCGCGACGAGCCCGGAGAGGGCAGCGGCGUCGCUCGCUCGUUCUACACUAGCGUCGCCGAGGCACUACUGGCUAACGAAAAGCUCCCACCAUUGGAACCAACAACGGGAAGUGGCACAAACAGCAGCAGCACCAAUGGCACUUCAGGCUCAGCCAAUUCCAAUGCCAGUGGAGCCGGUAGCAACAGUGGCGCCCGGUCUGUACACCGUGCAAAUCUACGGGCCAACAUAUUGCUCCGGACCGCUAGAGCCCUACGCUCCCUCUCAAUGUCGUCGUCCCUAAGGCCGUCUGCAAGAAAAAGCCCUAGCAGUAGCGGUGCGGGUCGUGCGCGCACUAAGGACGCGGCGCGACGCACGCCGGGCAGGCCCGCGCCCAGACCCGCCGCGCCGCGGGAGCCUCGCCGCGUGCUCAGCGUUGACGCCAGGCCCUACUCGCCACAGGCUGCUCCAGGCACUGAGGGCGCCGGGUACAGCGGUGAUCGUCCCGGUGGACACAAUGAACACCUAACACUCCAUCAAGCUCAAUUAGGAGAGCGGCUCUACCCUAGGGUCCAUUCAUUACAUCCCACUUUCGCGGGUAAAAUAACAGGUAUGUUAUUGGAACUGACACCAGCGCAACUACUCGUGCUGCUCGCGAGUGAGGAUGCGUUGCGACAGAAAGUACGCGAGGCCAUGGAUCUCAUAGUCAUGCAUCCUUCCGAGGCAAUACUAGACUUGGACGUGUUCUCCCUGUCGGAGCGCGGCGGCGGGGCAGCGGGCGCGGCCGCGGGCGCGGGCGGCGCGGCCAGCUCGUCGGCCGCAGCGGCGGCUCCCGCCGACGAUGCCGCGCCGCUCUUUUAUUCGCCAGGCAAGCGCGGCUACUACUCUCCGCGCCAAGGCCGGGCCACGCCAGAGCGUAUCAAUGCUUUUAGGAAUGUUGGCAGAAUAAUUGGAUUGUGUCUGCUGCAGAAUGAGCUGUGUCCGAUGUUCUUAAAUAGGCAUGUUCUAAAGUAUGUACUGGGCCGACCAGUGAGGUUCCAUGAUCUCGCUUUCUUCGACCCUAUUGUCUACGAGAGUCUUCGGCAACUAGUUGUGGAUGCUGAAACUGGGGAUUCCCAUUCUCUAUUUGCAGCUUUGGAUCUCAACUUUAGUUUGGAAAUGUGCGAAGAAGAAGGCGGCGGCUGCGUAGAGCUAGUGCCAGGAGGACGCGACAUUGAAGUAACUGCUCUCAAUGUCUAUGACUACGUGCGCAAAUACGCUCAGCAUCGAAUGCUGCUCUCACAGGAAAAGGCUCUUGAGGCUAUGCGCGUUGGAGUUCUUGACGUCUUACCUGAGUCGGCGGUAGAAGGUUUGACUGCGGAAGAUCUACGUCUGCUCUUGAACGGCGUUGGUGAUAUUAACGUCGCCGCGCUCGUGUCAUACACCAGCUUCAACGACGAGAGCGGCGAGCAGUCGGAACGACUAGCACGGUUCAAGCGCUGGCUAUGGGCCAUUGUUGACAAGAUGACGCAUUUGGAACGACAAGACUUGGUGUACUUCUGGACCGGCUCCCCCGCGCUGCCCGCGUCUGAGGAAGGCUUCCAGCCGAUGCCGUCGGUGACGAUCCGGCCCGCGGACGACGCGCACCUGCCCACCGCCAACACGUGCAUAUCGCGGCUCUACAUCCCGCUCUAUUCCUCGCGACACGUGCUCAAGCAUAAAUUACUGCUUGCCAUCAAAGCUAAAAACUUUGGCUUCGUUUAGACACUCGCCACUAUAUGUUAUGUAUAUCCUUAAGUUUAAGCCCAGUCAUGUAAGACUGCCGCUGUAUUCUGUCACUUUGUAAAAGUUUAGAGAAAUUACGUGUCUUCAAAAGUACCAUCAUAGAGCUUUAUUUAAAACUACAUUACUCCUAGUACGGUCAUACUGAUGUAUAUUUAUUUAUUUGACAUUUUUUACUUGACGAAUCUUCAUCUUUAUAUGACUGGGUAUAUUUGACUGAAUAGUAAUAUUCAAUAUGCAGUAAUUUUUGUUAGAAAAAGGCCCAAGAACGGUCCGCACAAGUACAUAGUAAAUGUUAAACUUUUAAGCUCAUAGACCAUAAGUAUUUAACUGUUAUUUAAAAGAACCUGAAAUCGCAAUUCUAUAUACAUACCAAUAUUAGUUGGAAGUUGAUUCAAAUCAAGAUCAACCAUUUUUUACUGAUUUUCUAAAUUCUUUUAUUUAUCUUCUUUUUCUGGACUUAUUUUGAUAAAGGCCUAACUGAAACGCAUUUGGUUGCUCUCCUUGUUUACAUUAUUGAUUGUAUUUCAACUAUCGCUCGAUGGCAAGCAAAGGCAGCGUGACAAAAUAUUCAAGAAUAUUUCAAUUGUUUAUAUAGCUUUGUUAUAUAGUAAAAAUUAUAUAAGAUAAUACAGUAUGAUGGGUAUACUGCUAUAAUACUUUGGGUAAGCUUGGGUAGAGAGGCGUCAGAUCCGAGCAAUGGUGGUAUUGUGAUAUCAGAGGAAGUAUUUUGCGCCUCAAUCUCUAAAUUUAAGAUUAUAAUUAGAUUUCCUUUGAUUAGUUGUAUUAAUACGGUUCAUAAUAAACAAUCUCAAAACGCUUA